AUGGGCGUCUACUACGAAACCAUCCCCUCCUCUCUCAAACCCUGGAUCCUCGACCAAAAAAUGCUCUUCGUCGGCACCGCGCCGCUCUCCCCCAACGGCCAUAUCAACAUCUCCCCAAAAGGCGGAAAGCAGUUCGGCAUCGUCUCCCCCACGCAAUUCUGGUACCUCGACCUUACAGGCUCCGGCGUAGAAACCCACGCCCACCUGCACGAGCCGCAAAACGGCCGCAUCUGCAUCAUGUUCAUCGCGUACACGGGGCCUCCCCGCAUCGUACGCAUAUGGGGCACUGGCCGGGCCGUCGAGAACGGGACACCCGAGUGGGACGUCUUCGUCAGGGAAAAUAAGGUGGAUACCAUCCCCGGGAGUAGGAGUAUCAUCCUCGUGGAUGUGCACCAGUGCGCGACGAGUUGUGGGUUCAGCGUGCCGACGUAUGAGUGGACGGGGUGGAGGACUACGCUCGACGACUUCUUUGUGAAGAAGGAGAAGAAGUUUUUGGAGGGAAAGGAGGAGGAGAGCAUGGAUCGAUACUGGGCGUUCAAGUCGCAGUAUAGCAUCGACGGGAUGCCGGGCAUGAAGCGCGGGUACCAGUAUGCACAGACGAAUGGCGUCGCUCCGCUGAAGAAAUGGGUUGGGAAGUGGGCGCCUAAGGACUUUGGGCCGAGGCCGGCGCAGCAGAUUGCGCCGAUACAUCUCGUGCUCGUUGCGAUACUGAGCUUGAUUAUUGGGGUUACGCUCGCGGUGACGUUGACGCCGCCGGAUUUUGUGAGGAAAGUGCAGCACAAGGAGUUCUUCUUAUGA